AUGCCGGCCGCUCCUUCUCAGUUUCCGUCGUCGUGUUCGUCCGCUCCUGCCCCGCACAACCCCAAAUCUUCAGCUCCGUACUUCUUGCACCCACGACGAACCCGCCAGCAAAGCCCCGCCUACCGCCACGAGACUGCUACUGCGACGCCAGCACCGCCGACGGCCACAGCCUUUGAGCGCCUCGUUGCGACACGCUCGCCCCAGAACGCCGCGCGGCGCAUUACCCGGUCUUCAGCACGCGCUUCGGGCUUCCGGACUGUUGAUGCCAGCAUGGAACCUAGGAGGCGGCCAGAGUACAACCUCGAGAUCUUUGCCGACGCGGCGUGCGUGAAGGAUGUUGUCAAGGCGAUACUGCACACGAUAUUCUUCCACCGCUACUUUACGUCCAUCUCUCCCUUGACCCGCGACCUGCUCGACCUGACCCUUCCUGCCAUCGACGAUGUUGAUCUCGAGACACUUAUCGAACAGAAGACGUUUGCGCUAGUUCGGGCGAUAGACAGCACGCACCAGCCGAGAGGAAGGGGGCAGAUUGUCGUGCAGUUCUUUGAGAAGAAGCGAAAGAAGACAUCGUACUUCUUCAGCAAGGCGGACGAGGACGUUUGCUGGGAGCAGUGGACGCUGGACGUUACCCUUGCCCAGCCACGCACAGAAACUGAUGUGCUCAAGGUCCGCCGUGCCAUGACCAAGUCUCUGGAAAAGGCAGCACAUAAGAUCAUCGCCAUUGUGAACCGAGAAAAAGACCACAUCCCACCCAUCACAACCACCGACGCCAACCCCUUCCCUUACCAGAUCGUCGUCAACCCAAAGUCUGUCAACGAGAACGACUGGCGGCCGCGCAUCGGCCUUUUCUGA